UCAUCCAUUUCCUUUCCUUUUCCACCCCCGAUCCAUUUACCCACCUUUUCAACUUCCUGCUGUUUUUGCAAUUGCAACUUGCCAUCACAGCCAUCACGCCAUUGCGGUUGCCUUUGGGCUUCUUCUGAUGAUUUUACUCCUCGAAGAAACGAGCUAUGACCGUGUCAAUCGGUUCAAUAAUCCCCUUCACCCUGGAGCCUACUUCGAAAACAAGCUAUUUACCCUCUCGGGGAGGAUGGGGUAUGAGGCGGGAGGCUGGAGAAAGUUUUCUCAGACGGUUCUUGACAUCUGGCUGGUCUCCCGACAGCCACAAUUUCUCUUGCUAUUCAUUUACCACGGUAUGACGUACAUGUGGACUGUCGGACGCAAUGGAACUUUGAUUUCCUACCUAGUACCCCCAGUUUCAAAAGGAGGGUAUGGGUUUGAUACGGUCGGCCUUGGGUUGAUCUACUUUGCACCCAUUGUUGCAAUGAUUCUUGGCGAGCUCUUCGGCCACUUCUUCAACGACGCGCUCCAGAACCGAUUCAGCUCUCCGCGGUAUCAACUUUGCAACCAAGAAUCCAAUAGGAUCGAAACUCCCACCCGACAACCCGGAAUAAAGCUCUCAUCUUCUCAUCUUCUCAUCUCUUCCUCUUCUCACUCCUUUCUCUCUGAUCUCAUUCAAAUCCCCUUCAUAAUUGUCCUCAUCCAUUUCCUUUCCUUUUCCUUUUCAACUUCCUGCUUUUUUGAAGUUGUAACCUGCCAUCACGGCACAUCACUCCACUGUCCCACUGCGGUUGCCAUCACGCAUCACCCCGUUGUCCCACUGUGGGCUCAACAGCACUGCUACGCCAGCCCACUCCAGCCAGUAGCUAGGCUCGGUGUAGACUUACAUUAGGUGGCAGUCGGGUGGGG